CCACUAACCAUUGGAUCACUGCUAGGAAAUGACAUGCAUGAAGAAUAGCUCAAAAGGGAAGUACCAAUCAAGAGUUGGAAGGGUUUCGGAGGUCUCCGGUGUGACAGGUUGCUCAUCACACACGAAAGGAACAUCUCUGAAUCCAAACUGGUGAAGAAAGCCUUUGCCAUUCAUCCACAUACCAGAUUCAAUUUCUUCAUUGACUGGACUAGCAACCAGUGGGACCAAGUGCGUAGCACUGCAGGACGAGCGUGAGACCUCACACAUCACACCAUGGCUCAAUAUGACCAACUGGAAGAUAAACAUUCGCUGGAUAUCCACGACAACCCCACAACCCCUGACAAUAUUGUAAAAGAGGAAGACAAUACUGUAUACUUCGUUUAUGAGGAGGAGGUGGAAGUAGAGGAGAAGGAGCCCGAGCCUGAGCCCGUUGUUAUAUUGGUGAAUGACAAACCACACAAGUUCAAAGACCACUACUGCAAGACACCCAAGUUCUGUGACGUCUGUGCUCGUAUGAUAGUCCUCAACAACAAGUUUGCUCUGACGUGCAAAAACUGCAAGACCAACAUCCACCACUCGUGCCAGUCCUAUGUUGAGUAUCAGAAGUGCUUUGGCAAAAUUCCCCCAGGUUUCAGACGAGCAUACAGUUCCCCUCUAUACAGUAGUGACCAGCCAGAUGCAGCCCACUCCAACCGGAACGACCCUGUGUUUGACACCCUGCGGGUUGGGGUUGUCAUGGCAAACAAGGAGCGCAAGAAGGGGUCUGAAGACAAGAAGAAUAUGAUGAUGAUGAUGAUGGAGGAAGAGGAAUCACAACAACCCAAAGAAGACGAGCAGGCAGAAGGAAAACCCGAGGGGGAUAAGAAGGGAGACAAGGCUGACAAAGCAGAUGACAAGAAAAAGAAGGAGAUGGGAAACAUGGGAAAUCAGUCCCAUUACUACCUGGCUCUGUACCGCUUCAAGGCUAUUGAGAAAGACGACCUUGACUUCCAUCCUGGUGAUCGAAUCACUAUAAUUGAUGACGCCAAUGAAGAAUGGUGGAGGGGGAAGAUUGGUGAGAAGACAGGUUACCUCCCCACCAAUUACAUCAUCAGAAUAAAAACGGGGGAGAGGGUGUUCAAGGUGACACGGUCCGUCGUGGGAAACAGAGAGAUGGGACAGAUCACUCUGAAAAAAGACCAGAUCGUGGUGAAGAAGGGAGAGGAGGUGAAUGGCUACCUGAAGGUCAGCACCGGCCGCAAGCUGGGCUUCUUCCCCGCCGACCUGCUCCAGGAGAUCUGAAACUUACCCGGAUCACAACCACAACCAUAGGACUUGGGUCACACUGUCACCAGGACCAUAAUCACACAAUUCAUCAAACCCAGUUCCAGUGAACACACGUGACCAGGCACAGCAUUUUUAUACUACCAAUCUAGCACCACUAUCAUUUUCCACCUGUAGGGGCCUAGGUCUGAUCUGAUGAGUCUGUAAGCUGUUUGAAGGCUGGGAAGGUUCAGAGAGGGCAAGGUUAUUGAGUGUAACCUAAUACUGCAGCCUCCCCAGCCUGUUGAACUGGGUCAGCCGGCCAUGCAAUCCGAGCUGGAUGGAGAAAUGUGUUAGGUAAGACCGUAAAUGUGUGUGUUGGGAAUUUGAAACGUUAACAUGUUUGUGUCAUUUUAAUGUGAUUAAAACUGGACAACCUUAAACUAGAUAUUCAACAAGGUUCAAAAGGCAAUGGCUGUAACUGCUGUAAGUAGCUAGGAUUUCUACAUCAUUUUUGUUAUUCAUUCAAACACAUUGAUAUUUUGGAGCCUAUUGCUUACUCUCACUGUAGUAGUUCCUUGUUUUUAUACGCAGCUGAAAUACUAGUGCUUUAUUUUCCCCUUGAUAUCAAUGUUAAAGGGAGCUUGUUAAAGUGCAUGUUGUAUUUUUUUUGAUGCAUGGGCCCGUCUUUUAAAAUCAUUGCCAAAACAAUGUGGUGUGUAUUUGAGGAAUUUAUAUAGAGCAAUAGCCUAUGCUGACACACAGACCCACAUGCUUUUGCCAGACUAACGUAGGCCUAUCAUUGAUGCAAGAUUGUAACAUUACAGUACAGCCAUUUGUAAUUCAUCUUCUAUUGAAAUACCAACAGUGCAGUACCAAGUGCAGGCUUAUCCCAUGUAUUGUCUGUCAUGAUAUGCAUCCCUUCAAAACCUGUAUAACUCUGUGAUACCGUCACAGUAAACUUCAAUGACUGACCAUUGUGUAAACAUGAAAUCAAUUCACAAUUAGAAAUAAUGUACUUUCUUUUUUGUAGCAGUAUUUUGCAUUCACUGAUUUGUGUGUGUCUACUAUAAUUCAGGACUCAUAUGCCUAACCUAAACAGGUAGGCCUUAUCAGUUCAGCUUUUGUCUACAAAAUAGUCAUAACAGGUACUCAUGUCAUGUAUCUUGAUCCAGUGAUGGGGACCAGAGCCAUAUAUUUGUUCUAAAUACAUGGCCCUGAUGUUGACAACUAGUGAUGUGCAGUUUGCGAACGAUAUUUAUUUAUGUCGUUAUUUUUUAACUACUCUUUUUUUCUGACUCGAGAGACAUUAUUUGUUUUUUUUGAGUGACUCGUUCAUUUUAGUCCUUCAUUUGACUUUCUUCCUCUUCUUCUUCCUCGUCCUCUUCCCCUUCUUCUUUCUCUUCUUCUUCCACUUCUUCUACUUCUUCGGCAUCAUGUCAUUCACACAUUUUGUUUGUGAAUGCCGCUAGCUACCUAAAUUUGCACCAACAACUAACCCUACACUUAUUUGUAUAACACUCUAGUUUUUAUCAUGAAAAAAUGCAUGUAAAAACUGUCCAAUUAUGGAGAAUGUCCUAGCUCCAUAUAUGAAAUUAAGGAAAUGCGUAUAUGGAGCAUGUCUACUCCUUAUAUCUAAUAAAAUGUCAGAUAUACA